AUGGUGGGCUUCCAGAAGCUCCUUACACUUUCGCUCGUACCCGCCGUGAUCUUCGCGCUCCUCUCCUUCAUCUCAAUCAUUCUCACCACACACUACUGGAUCCUGACCGACUACUUCGUCGGCCGCUGGUUGAAGCGCAAGAGCCAGUUUCCCGAAAAGAACAAAUUUGCAUGGGACGAUGUCAUUGUCGACUACACCGAGUCGUCGACCAAUGUCACGAUAGCGUCAGGUUGCUUGUGUCUGGCGGCUGCGGUAAACUGCAUCAUUGCGUACUGCAAGCUCAAGCCUAACGCCAUGGAUUUGGAUUACCACUCGCCUCUAAGGAGAUUCUGGGUCGGAAGCGCCAUCGGCAUGACAGUCGUCGGCUUGUGUUCCGCUCUCGCCGCCCUCAUCACGCACUUCACCGACAAGGGGGAUGACGAUUACGGCUGCACCACAACCACCGGAAAGACCUCAGACGGCGGUGUGCCCUUCACCAACAUGAUGUGCUCGCGCGAGUUUGCGACGUGCAGGUUCAUGGGCCCGGUCUAUGACAAGGCGGGAUCCAUCCCCAAUGUGAAUAGAUGGGCUGUGACUAUUGCUUGCAAUGAGGCGAUCGCCGUGAAGUGGUUGCAAGUCGUUCUUAUCCUCAAUGCGGCUCUCGUCAUCGCCAUGUUCGCUGCGCAGGCGGGAGUAAGGAGGAAGACCCGAUCACCAGCAUCCAAGGGUCUAUAG